AUGAGAAGUCCAACGGGAUCUUUGAUCGCGCAGAACACCACAUUGGGGUGGAUCGUUUCAGGUGUAGUUGACACUGCCAAUGUAACUGAAGAAAAUAAUAACAAAUCUAAGGCCAUUUCAAGAAAUAUAACUGUCAUGCACGCACAAGUAAAUGAGGACGACAUUUUAAGGAAGUUUUGGGAAAUUGAAGAACAACUACCUGAUAAACGGACUAUCCUAACCGAAGAAGAACAACGCUGUGAGGACUUCUUUACAAGCACCACAGUGAGAACACCCGAAGGUCGUUACAUUGUGAGGUUACCAUUUCGUGAAGAUCAACCGCAAUGCACGAAUCACGGGUCUAGAGAUAUCGCAGAAGCUAGAUUUAGAUCUUUGGAAAAAAGAUUCGCAAAGGACAAACACCUAAAAGAAAAGUACACAGAAGUAAUAAAUGAAUAUCUAACUUUAGACCACAUGAGGCCAGCCAAUGAGAACAUAAAGGAAAAUGAAGCAACUUAUUUACCACAUCACGCUGUUGUACGAGAUGAUAAAACGACAACAAAGGUUCGAGUGGUAUUUAAUGCCUCAGAGAAGAACAAGAAAGGCGUAUCAUUAAAUGAUACUCUUAUGAUUGGCCCCACCAUACAAGCGGACCUUCGCCAUGCUGUGAUGCGAUGGAGAGAACACCCGAUUGCUUUAGUAGCGGACAUCGUCAAAAUGUAUCGCCAGGUUUUAGUAGCAGAGGAAGAUGUGAAGUACCAACGUAUCCUGUGGCGCGACGAACCUGAAAAACCAAUAAAAGAAUAUGAAUUACGGACAGUUACUUUUGGAACAGCAUCGGCGCCUUACCUUGCGGUCAGAGUGUUGCAGCAAAUCGCCAUGGACGAAGGCCAAGAAGUUCCUCAAGCUGCUGAAAGGAUUUUACAGAGCUUUUAUAUGGACGAUCUGAUGACUGGUUGUUCAAGCGUCGAAGAAGGUGUAGAGCUCUAUAAUCAGUUAAGCAAAAUAUUAGAAAAAGGCGGAUUUAAAUUACAAAAGUGGAACAGUAAUGAUAAAACGUUAGUUGAAACUAUCAAGGAGAAGGAAAGGGAAAGUGACGGGUUAGUGACGGAGGAGGUGAUAGAAGGAAUUAAGGACAGUAGUAAUACACAAGAAACAGAACUAAAGCUCAAAUUAGACCAAACAGUAAAAAUAUUAGGACUUACCUGGAACCGCGACGACGACUUCCUGCAGUACUCGGUGAUCCUUCCUCUAGCAACCGCACCUGUAACAAAAAGAACAAUUAUAGGAGAUAUAGCGAGACUGUUCGACCCACUAGGUUGGAUAGCGCCUACAAUCAUCAUAGCAAAGAUUUUUAUUCAGCGUUUAUGGAGCGUUGAAAAAACGCGCACGACCGUGUGUGGCGAGCGCGCGCGCGGUGUGGCGGCGGCGGGCGGGCGGCGCGCGCGGCCCGCGGCCCAUUGGCCGGCGCCGGGGGGCGGGGCCACGCCUGCCCGGGCCCGCGCGCGGCCCGCGCCAGUGUCCGCCAGACUGCCGAGCGCGCCGGGCCUCCCGCUUCCCCGCGCCUCGCUCGGCCACGCCGCGUACGACUCUACCAAACCUCAAGUUCGCUACCGUCGCGAGUGCACUAUGACACUAGUGAGCUAG